AUGCGAUACCACCAUGCGUCAGCAAACCAGGAAACGGAAACGGAAAAUCUGGAGCAAAUAAUUGUCUGUCUGUUGGCUGGAGUUGGAGAACUGGACUCGGUUGGGGAAUUAAUCAACUGGUUUCAACCGGCUUGGGGGGCUAAAGGGGAAGGGCAAAUAUGCUAUUUUUAUUUUCUUUUGUCUGUUCAAAGCUUUCUUUUUUUAUUUUCUGUACUGUCUAUGUCUAUUCUGUAUAGAGAGUGUGUAUGUGUCUUAUUUAUUGCUUUUUACGAUUUUAUCUUUCUUCGUUUUCUUUUGCUAUGGGUUUUGCAGCUUUAA